GUAAUCUGAGGUAACCUUCUCAAACAACUCAGUGCUUUCAUUAACAGGAAUGCUUGACAACAAGUCUCUUUCCAUUGAAGAUAUUACACAACUUAAUAAUUGCUAAUUUUCUGAAUUACAACAUAUUUGCCUUGAGACAGUAUGGUUUCAUUUUACACUUGGUGCACACCCAGACUCUGAACCAGGAAGUUCAGUUGCCAGUGUUUGAUGUUGUUUUCUCCUCUCACAAUGGCAGGUGAGCCCAUGAGCUCCCUCCUCCAGCAGCCAUUUACCAAUGUCAACUAUUUCACUGAGGACGACUUUGAGCCUUUCAACAAGAUUGCGUCAGGAAGCUUUGCAAAUGUCUUCAAAGCAAAACACAAACUAUGGAGGGUGAACUUAGUUGUGAAGUGCUCCCAUUUGUUCUGUGAGGAAUCAUCUUCAUUUGAGAGGAAUAUGAGCCAUCUACUGCAGGAGGCAGCAAGGAUUUUGGAAAUAAAGUUCAAGUAUAUCCUACCAAUAUAUGGGAUUUGUACAAGACCAGCCGGAAUUGUAGUGGAAUACAUGAACAAUGGUGCUCUGGAUAAACUGCUUGUCAGGUACACACUAACCUGGAUGACGAAGUCUCGGAUUAUUCAUGAGAUAGCAAUGGGAAUGAACUUCCUGCAUAGUAUGAAACCACCCCUCCUUCAUUUGGAUCUGAAACCUGGAAACGUUCUGGUGGAUGAGAAUCUUCAUAUCAAGAUUGCCAAUUUUGGAUUAUCAAAAUGGGAAGAUUACUUGAGUAGCAAGGAACUAAUUGAAAGGUCUGUGAUAAGAGGAACUAUCAGUUAUAUGCCACCUGAACUAUUGAAUGGACCUUCUGGAGUCAAGCAUGAUGUUUACAGCUUUUCGAUUAUUAUGUGGGAGGUCCUGACUCAGCAGAAGCCCUAUGCAGGAACAAACGCCAUGGCUGUAUUUGUUAAAGUGGUGGCAGGAGAAAGACCGUGCCUAACAUUCAUUCCAGAAAAUUCUCCACAAGAGUGUGCACAGAUGGUUGACUUGAUGAAGAGAUGUUGGGAUUGGGAGUUGAAAAGGCGGCCUGCAUUCUCAGAAAUUGUUCUGGAAACUGAAAUGCUGUACAACCUGUCACAGUCUCCACAUAUUCAAGUCGACAGACAAAUAGAAAUACCAAACCUGGCUCCUCUCCCAUCAAGUAGCAGCAUCCAGAAUAGCAAAAUAAUUGCUGAUAUUGCAAACAUUGAAUUGCAGAAUAUGAAUCUGGUGUCAAAGUCUGGGGUUAAUGAUGAUCUCUCCAUUGACAGAAGGGAACUCCUACAGCACUUACUAGAACAAAACUUUAACAACGUGAAGAAAAUAUUAAAGAAAGAACACGUUGCUAUGAACUUUGUGGAGGACUACACUUUGUUGCACAUGACUCUUUUCACCGGGGAUGUGGAACUUGUCAGGCUCAUACUGAAGUAUGGAGGUUCUGUCAAUGCUCAAACCUCCAGAGGGUUGACACCUCUGAUUAUAGCCGUACAACAUGGGUUUGAGGAUAUCUCCAAAUUACUUAUUGAAGAGGGAGCUGAUGUGAACCUCACAGAUGAGGACAACUGGGGACCUCUGCAUUUUGCAUCUCAGAAUGGGGAUGACCGAAUUGCUCGGCUGCUGUUGGACAAAGACGCUGACGUCAACAUCAGGGAGCAUGAUGGGUGGUCUCCACUCCACAUGGCAUCGCAGAAUGCCCAUGAAAAUAUUGUCCGAAUUCUCUUCACACGCCAGGCCAGUGUUGAUCUACAGGACAGGGACAACCGCACCCCUCUACACAUUGCAGCCUAUCACGGCAAUUACAGCAUCGCCAAGCUUCUGAUUGGACAAGGAGCUAAUUUAAACAAAAUACAGGUUGGCUUCAGGACACCGAUCCAUUUGGCCGCUGAAAGGGGUUUCUUCAGAGUUGUCAGGCUAUUGGUGAACAGUGGAGCUGACGUUAACUGCCUGGACCAUUCUCACUUCAGCCCUUUGCACUUGUCAGCUCUGAACGGCUACACGGGGAUCUGUAGAUAUCUCCUGAAACAUGGAGUGAAUAUCAACCAAAGGUCCUUACAGAAUUGGACAGCCCUGCACCUUGCCUCUAUGAGGGGACAGAUCACAACCAUCCACUUGCUAAUUGAGAAUUUCUCAGAUAUUGAUGUUGGUGGUGACAGAGAGUGGACGGCUUUGCACUUGGCGACAUACUACAACCACAAUGACGUUGUCUCAGAGCUCCUAGUCAGUGGCGCCAAUCCUGAUGCCACGGAUGUGUCAGGGUGGACUCCCCUCCAUCUUGCUGCACACAAGGGCAGACUCUGCUGUCUAGUGAAGCUACUUGACCAUAAAGCCAAUGUGAAUGUUGCCAAUAGGUUCAGGUGGACCCCACUGCACUUGGCUGUGCUGAAUGGGAAUGCUGCUAUGGUGAAGAGGCUGAUCAGGGAAGGUGCCAAUCUGAAAGCCGAGGACAUAUAUCAGAACACACCACUCCAGCUAGCUUUGAAACACCAGAAACAAAGUGUAGUCAAUGUACUUACAGGGGAGGAGCCAUCAAAUGACUACACCACUGACUGAACCCCAGAGUCUAACAUAAUAAAUGCAAUGACCAAGAGGCAGCAAAGAAAAAUGUAGUAUGUAAGAAAACAAUUCUUCCAUAUUUAGUUUAAAUUGCUUCAAUUCAGGCUGGACUAUUAUAGCAAAAUCCCCUUUGUCAAGUCAGUGUUAAGCAUGCAUCGACUCACAGGGCUCCUAUCUGACACUGUCGGUCCAAACUGCUUAGAACAUCAGUGGAAAUGGGAACUAAGCCUUCAAAUCUCCUCUGCCAACCUGAUCAUCUUACUCAACUCUGACAGUCCUGCAUUAUCCCCAUCAACCUUGUUUCUUUCCUUCAUGCUUACAAUUUGCUGACUCGAUCUCACAUAAAAUGGAUGAUUCCAUCAUUCAGAAUAUUAAGCCAACAGAGACAAACUGUGAAUCUUUUUGAGAAGCUUUGUGAAUGGAUUGAGUGGACAUAUGAGCCAGGAGCAGCAGUAGGUCACUUGGCACCUUCGUCUUGCUCUAUCAUUCAAAAGGAUCAUGGCUGAUUUGGUAAUAACUUCAAAUCUGUCAUUCUGUCCUGUCUCAUUAACAGUUAACCCCUUUGUUUACCAAGAAACUACAGGUCUUUGUCUUAAUAAUAUUCAAAGACAUUUCUCUCAACACCUUUAGAGGAUGAAAAUUCUGCAAGAAAACAUUUAACCUCAUCCCUGUCUUAAUUGGUCAACAUUUUGUUUUUAAACAGUGACCUCUGGUUUGAGAUUCUCCCACAUGAGGAACCAUCGUUUACCCAUUCAUCCUGUCAAGUGUCAUCAGGAUCUGAUAUGUUUUAAUCAAAUUGCCUCUUAUUCUUUGAAAAUCUUUCUUUCCAUUCCCCUUUUCCUCUGUUUCCAUGUUUUCCCUCCCCUUCUCUCUUUAUCUCUCUCCCUUAAUUCAGCAGUACUAAUUCUCCCACUCUACCUUUGCAACAGUCUGUGAGUUCAUAGAAUCAUAGAAUCCCUGCUGUGUGGAAGCAGACCAUUGAGUCCAUACCAAACCUCCAAAGAGCAUCC